AUAGUACUAGUACUACUACAAGUCAAGCAAAGAGUUGAAAUCCAUUGGAAAUUGAAUUCUCUCAUCUCCCUCACUUUUACUUAGACGGAAGAGAGUUGGCAGAUGAGAUUGAUGAUGCAGAUAUGUGCCGAUGUCCCCUUGGUUCUUCACUCGGCUGGAGGAGGUUGCCGGCAGCCGGAGUUGAAGCACUGCGGCCACUUUUUCGACACCAAAUGUUUUCUCUCUCCUGGAUUCACCAGAAAAAGCACCUUUUCAAAUCCAAAGCUAGAGGUUGGCCCAUCGAAGUUGAGAAAUAGAAGCUUUAUGACGAGAGCCUCUGGUAACUCCAGUGGUGAUUUGACUCCAAUGGCACCUCUUCAGCUUGAGUCUCCAAUUGGCCAGCUUUUGGCUCAAAUCUUGCAAACCCAUCCUCAUCUCCUUGUAGCUACUGCUGAACAGCAGCUUGACAAUCUUCAGAAAGAGAGAGAUGACCAGAAGGAGGAGGCUGCACCAUCAUCUACAGAUCUCUUCCUCUAUAAGAGAAUUGUGGAAGUGAAAGAGAAGGAGAGGAGAAAGACAGUAGAGGAGAUUAUAUAUUGCUUGAUUGUGCAAAGAUUUGUGGAAAAUAAUAUAACAAUGAUUCCUAAAUUAUUGACAUCUGAUCCUGCUGAAAGGGUUGACUUUUGGCCAAACCAAGAGCUAAGGCUGGAAUCUGUGCACUCUCCCGAGGCUUAUGAGAUGAUUUUAAGCCAUCUAUCUCUUGUACUCGGGGAGCGAUCUGUUGGGCCCUUGGAUACUAUCGUGCAGAUAAGUAAAAUAAAGCUUGGAAAGCUUUAUGCUGCUUCAAUCAUGUAUGGGUAUUUCCUUAGAAGAGUUGAUGAAAGGUAUCAACUCGAAAGAUCUAUGAACACGCUUCCUGAAGGUUUUGGUGAUGAAGAGACAAUAACAUAUCCAGAGCCGAUAUCAGAAAAGCAACUAUGGGAUUCUGAUUCUUUGAUACGGAUAUAUCCUGACGAAGAUGGGGGAGGUAUAGUGGACUCUAGAAACGAAGAGAAACCAUACAAAUUAAGAUCGUAUGUUAUGUAUUUGGAUGCAGAGACGCUUCAGCGAUAUGCAACCAUAAGAUCUAAAGAAGCAGUCUCUUUGAUCGAGAAGCAGACGCAGGCCUUGUUUGGAAGACCUGAAAUUAGAGUCGCAGAAGAUGGUGCCUUAGAUGCAUCUAAUGAUGAAGUCGUUUCUCUAACAUUUUCUGGACUUACAAUGCUGGUGUUGGAGGCAGUUGCAUUUGGAUCAUUUUUAUGGGACGCAGAAAAUUAUGUUGAGUCCAAGUAUCCAUUUAUCAAUAGCUAGAAUGUAUUACUUCAGAUUCACUCUUUCAGCUUUGUAAAUUCUUUAAACUAUACCGUAGCUCGAUUUUAUUGAACUUUUUGCGCACACAACUUGACUUUGUUGUAGUGUUGAUAACAGAACUUUCUAUCAUUAAAGAACAUUUAUUUUGUAUUGAUAAUGAGCAUA